AUGGGUUCAAUGGAGGAGGAAGAGGACCGUGACAUGGGAGGCUCCCAGGACGGAAGCUCCGAUAACGAGAACGACAACGAUAUGGAUGACACGAUGCGCGACGUCGAUGAUGGCGAGGGUGACAAUGAGAAUGAGAAUGAAAAUGAAAAUGAUCAAGAUGGAGAUGGGGAUCAAGAUCCUGAUAGCCCCUCGAAUGCGAGCCAGGCGUCGGAGGGCCCUGGCAUGCAACAAAACACAAAUGGCAACAGUGACAACACCGUGUUUGAACCGUUCUCCAUUUACCACCCAAGUGUGCGCCCUGAAUGCCUCACAGCCCGAACCUACGAUGUGGUCCCAACCACCGCCGCGCCGCAUGCCACCUCGAUCAACGCCAUUACAGCGACUGCGGAUAUGCGUUGGGUUUUCACCGGUGGAUCGGAUGGAUUCGUGCGAAAGUUCAACUGGGCGGACUCAAUAAACAGCAAGCUCAUGCUGACCGUGGCGCAAAGGCAUCCCUUCGUGGAUAGUGUGGUCAAAGCCGGAGUCCUGAUGACAUACUGGGAGAAUAUGGAUGGUAGCCACCUGUCACCGGUGUACUCUUUGGCCAGCCAUAGCGAAGGAUUGUGGCUACUUUCUGGGUUAGAAUCCGGUGUGAUUCGUUUGCAAACUCUGCGCCACGACGAAGGCAAGGAAAUUGCGCUUCUACGACAACAUACCUCAGCUGUGUCCUCCCUGAACCUCACAUCAGAUGAAGAAUCAUUGCUCUCCGGGGGCUGGGAUAAACGGGUCUUUGACUGGGAUCUGAAUACCGGCCAAGCUAGACGAGCUUUCGGUGGCAGCGGCGGACAAAUAUCAGCAGUGCAGAUUCGGCCAGAGUCCAGCCUUCCGGUCCCCAAGGACACAAUCGAACCACAGCAGACCAAUGGCACAUAUGCAUCAAACUAUGCUGCCCCUGGUACAGACACCUUCAGCUUCAUGGAUACCUCCCACGCCAAUGGGGACACGGGCCCGGUCGAGAACCCGCAGGCGGGCUCUCCGGCAGACUCACUCUUUGGAGGCGCGGACUCAUUAUUCGGUGAUGCGGAUGGCGGGGCUGCGGAUGGUGGUGAGCCAUCUGGCGGAGUAUUUGGGGUAGACGAGGACGAUGAAUUUGGCCGCGCUGUAGCCAAUGGUGCUAUGCCGGAUGCCGAUGCACCAGGAGAAGUUGAUGAUGAAAUUCCCGCCCAACCAGAUGUUGAACAUGCACAAAGCACGCACAAUGAAUUAUCGAAGCAAGAAAAUACUCAUACAGAUGCGCCGGUCCAGGAAAUGGAAAUGAACGAUGCGGACAUACCGAAUGGCCCAGUGCAGCCGGUUGUCAAUGGACUCCCUAAAGCAGAGGAUCUCGAGACACCUCCACCAGCCCCAGACUUCUCACAAAAUACGCAGCAAGAACAAGGCGUGACCAGUGAUAACACGUUCCUGGCUGCCUCAAUCGAUGGAACAAUCCGAGUUUGGGACCGGCGACAGCCUGAUCCUGUCGCUCGCAUCACCCCCUAUAAUUCUCCUCCAUGGUGUAUGAAUGCUUGUUGGUCACCUGAUGGGAAUCACAUCUAUGCCGGACGCCGAAAUGGCACUGUCGAGGAAUACAGUCUUCACAAGGGUUUGAGAAAUGCCGAACGAACAUUCAAAUUCCCACAGGGGAGUGGGCCGGUGACAGCACUCAAGGCCAUGCCGAAUGGGCGUCAUCUUGUUUGUGCCUCUCACGAUAUCCUCCGUCUCUAUGAUCUGCAAAACGAGCAAGGCGACCAGUCUUCUCGCCAUUCGCCAGUUCCGUUCCUGAUCAUUCCUGGUCAUCGAACUGGAACUAUCUCUCAGCUGUAUGUCGAUAAUGCAUGUCGCUACAUGAUCUCCACCAGCGGCAACCGGGGUUGGGAAGGCAAUACCACUGAAGUCCUCCUUGGUUACGAGAUUGGUGUGCCGCAGUAG